AUGAAAGCCGCCGUUCUCCUCUACCUCCUCACUGGGCUUGGCCUGGUUGCUGCCCAGACCAACUGCCUUGGCUCCGGUUACUUUUGCGGCAGAGACCUGCGACUCAAAUAUCAUAAUAUCUACUGGUGCGAGGACGGACAAACCAACCCUCACGUCGUCGUGGACGACUGCUACGAUCAAUGCGUACCGAAUACCGAUCGAUUCGUGAUACCGGCCUGCGUGAAACCGGAUCAGGAGGUGAUUGUUCCAGAAAAUCCGGAGAGGGUGGCUCCCGACCAGGACCCAGCCGAGCCUGCUGAGGUUGAAGAGCCCUGA